CUUAUUAAAUAGAUACAAUGGGAAAAUCAGCCAGUAAACUCUCUGCUGACAAACUUCAUCAGUACCUCCAAAAUACAGCCUUCAGUGAAAGUGAAGUAAAACUGCAUUAUAAACUAUUUAUGAACGAGUUUCCUGAUGGAAAAGUCGAUCAGUCACAGUUCAUGAAUGUUUACAAAGUUUUUCAUCCGGAUGGCAAACCAGAUCAAUUUGCAAUGCAUGUUUUCCGAGUUUUUGACAACGAAAGAAAAGGAGUUUUGGGUUUCGAUGACUUCAUAAAGGCACUGAACGUUACAGCUCGAGGAACAAACGAGGAGAAGAUGAUGUGGGCAUUUGAGCUGUAUGACACAGACAGGGACGGGCGAAUAUCCAGGGACGAACUGCUCAGUGUAGUUGACAGUAUCUUCCUCAUGAUGGGCAAGAACUAUACAGAUGACCAAGUCAGAAAGGAAGCCUCUCGCGUGAAAGUAGAGAGAGUAUUUGCAGCCAUGGAUGUGGACCGGGAUGACUUCCUGAGUGUGGAGGAGUUUAGAGAGGGAGUCCAACAGGACCCCGCAAUACUCAGACUCCUACAGCAGUAGAACAGAACAGUGUCCGUUAUGUCCCCAUAUGGAAAGUUUUACACAACUUUCCCACCAAAGCUAUAUAAGCUAUACUCCUUGUCAUCAAAUUUAUCAGAUGAACAUUAGUCUUUACCCCUUGUCAUGAAUCAUGAACUUUAUCAGAAGCGAAAAGGAGAGACUGAUUGUUGUUAGAUAUUGUACGAUGAUUUGGGUCUUUCUCUCUCUCCAUAUGUUCUAUUUAUCUACAAAUCAUGAUGCGCCGUAAAUUGUGUAUAUAAUUUGAAUAUUGUGCAUUUGUAAAUAGGUUCUUUUGUAAAUAUGAAAAUAAAUUUGUUCAUGGUAGAUUAAUGGAGUAAGUUUUUUUAUAGAUUUUCUUUUUCAAGAAAGAGCUUUUUUGUUGA